UCUGGCAUUGUACAGAUAAUCUUAAAAUUUCAAUAAUGGCCAAGAACCUCUAUCUUGCCCAGACACAAAUAGAACACUAUUCUGAUUUUUAUGAGUUCAAGAGCUCUAAAUGCAAGUACAAGCUCAAGAACUCUCUUUUGAAACAGGGAAAUAUAUUUAUCUUGCUAAUUGUUGUGUCAUCUGGUAACAUUGAAAUUAAGCUUCUGGUUUCUCCAUUUGAAACAGCUAGCACUGUUUUAAAGUUUAGUGAUUUAUGCCUAUAAUAGUACAAUUCUACAAUGCUAAAAUACUUAAAGCAUGCAGCAAAAGCCUUGCUGCUACAUCAUUUUGCAAACCAUGAUCAAUAAACUAAUAUACAAAAAAUAGACUCAAACCACAGCAAUUGGCACAGAUGUAACUUUAAUUGAGAUAGAAACCAGAAAGGUUCCUCUCUCAUUAACAUGGGAAGGAGGGGGGUCAGGGGGGGGGCCGCAGGUGAUUACACAUGUCAGACUAAAUGUGCUUUUGACAGAAGAAGUUAAAUUUUUUGCUUAGAAAUGUGAUUGGAAGAUAGCUGCUUUGAGCACAUGAACAGAAGGCACGUUUAAAAAACAACACUUUUGAUGUAUAUUUCAAAGUCCUAGAUGCAACUUUUUGUUUGGGGGGCCAGCCCUGAUAAAUAAAUGUAACAACAGCCACAUUUUUUAAGAUGAAAGUAUUUACUUAAUAUGCUACUUAAGUUUUUGGGGGGCCUUGCCCCCCAGCCCCUCACUGUAUCUUGAUCCUUGGUAUAUUUAAAUAAUACCCAAGAAACACCCAUUCCUCAUUUUGUUGUGGAAUAACGUAUACCUAGUCAUUUUGUAACAAGGGUGCAAAUGCAACUUUCUCUUGCACAAUUAUUGAUGAAUGAGUCUGUCUAAACAAAGUUUUCAACGACAUCUGUCUAAGCAAGAUUAAUGACCAUUUCUACAAGAAUUGGUUAGGAACUUUUAGGGUAUUUGCAGGAAAAGGGGAAUCAUAAAAAAAGAACGAUAAAGUUUUCUACUUUCGAUAUGAGUGAUUUGUGGUUCGAUUAGCUCUCUUUUAAUAAAAUCUAGCAUUUGUGUGGUGCAAGUUGCUCAAUAUCUUUAAGAAAGAAUAGUUUUAAUAACAUAUCGAUUGGAGUCAGAUGAUGACAAGCAAAGGCUAGGGCAUGGUUUAACAUAAAUUUUGUAGAACCGUCUGUUCCUUCUCUGAUGAAUCUUCGUUUUUCUAAUUCUUCUUUUUUAUACUUUGCAUUUUGUUACCGUUACCAAGAUGCCAUUACGCAAUAUGGUCGGGUAAUGAAAAAGAUGCGAAUUCUAUAUGGGUGUAUCUCAUUAGACUAGCAGAUCUUACACCAUGAACCAAUUAAGAGAAUAGCGACGAUCGUUAAGCACUAAUGCAGAAAGCAUUGUAUUUCCCAACAGCUCUCGUUUCAAUUCGGUGCACUUGUAAAGGAAAAGACUCACAUUAGGAGGUGAAAAUUGGACCCUGUGAUGAGUCUCGUAAAUGUGUCGGGAAACUGUGAAAGUUUUGCUUUAAAUCGCCUUUGUAUCUGAGCUGCUAAAAACCUGAUGUAUUUUUGAUCUGGAGGCCAAGUUGGGAGAUGAAACCAUCUUUAGGGAGCUUCUUAUAAUCUGUGAAAGCUUUGCGAAAUUUAGCGAAGCAUCUUGAUAUUUUUGGUCAAAUGAAUGCACUUCAGAUGUUAACCAAAAUUUUCCCAUAACUUUUUGUUGCGAAUUUUUUAAUUGAAACUCAGUUGAAAGGGAUGUUUUAUUAAAAUUCAAAAAACAACCACUUGAGAAUAUUUUCUAAUUUAGAUACGGUUUUUAGAAUAUAAGCGAUGGGAGGAGCAAGGUCUUGAAAUGAAUCCAGGUAUUCGUUAUGCAAAAAUUUUAAAAGCGAAACAGGGCAUUCUGAAUUAUAACAUAUUAUAAUUUUGGUUUUUAUAAUGUCUCUGUAGAUUGUGUGCUGGUGAGGUUAAAAUUUAUGUCUAGUUUCAUUGAUUUUUCAUAAACAGUGCCUUAAAAUUAUUUUGAAUUUCAACUAAUCAGAGAAUCUUAUCUGCGUAUAGAAAGCUAAGCCAUGUAAUAACGAACGGAAACAGGUACAAAAUGUUCAGUAAAGUACUAUAUUAUUCAAAAUUAAGGGGAAAAGAUCUGCCAUUUUCCUUCCUCUCCGCAGUUUCAUUUACACGGCAACAUACGAGAAGCAAUCAAAACAACUUCGCCUCCCACUAUUAAUGGAAGUGUGAAAGUUUCGCACUUCAAUAGUUACCGCUCUUUUCAUCCGAAACAAUUGGCCUUACGAACUCCACCGCGUUUGCAAAGACUUUUCCGCAGCUCAAAAAUAAACCGCCUUUUCGCUAUUAACACAUCGAGCUCUUUGCAGAAAAGCCGCUUAUAACCAGGCCUGACAAUAUUCGCUCGUUAAGGGCGGGAUUAUUUACAAAGUCGCGCCGAUUUCAAAGAUUUUCCACACCUUAUUAUCAGUAUGAUAUCUCGUAAAUUUGGGGUGCAGACGAUACCUUUUGCGGCUAAUUCCUAUUGACUCAUUAUUGUUAAUUUUAAUUAUACCUUAAACUCUUUUUCAAAUCGGUUUCGUAUGAGCCUUUCUUACAAAUUGGCGUUGCAACUGUGACUGUUAGUUCAUAUCUGUACAACACUCGAGUAGUGAACAUCUCUCUUCCGUUACAACGUCGCUCGCAUUCACUUUCAUCGCUCGUGGUUUAGCAUCUUCAAAUCGUUCAGUCAUGAGAUUCAGCAUCGAAGAAAUUCUCAAAAAAGAUGACGGUCUUACCGUUCGUAAAUAUUCUGGCAAGCGCUCUCUGGACUUCGAUUCAGGCCUUUCAAGCAUGGCCCCGUCUUCCGUCUCAUCCGACUACUCCAGCACAGACUCAACCAUGUCAGAUUGCUCCGAUGACGUAUUCGCAGAGCCGCAUGAAAUUAUUACCAAAAAGAGAAUUCGCACUGUAAUAACCCGAAGACACAAGGCCAAGCUGGAGCUUAUUUUCAAGAAAAAUCAGUAUCAAAGCAGACUGGAUCUUGCGAAAAUUGGCAGAGAGCUUGGGCUACCACAGCAUGCCUUGAAGAUAUGGUUCCAAAAUCGUCGUGCAAAAUUCAGAAAGCAAAACCACAAACUCUCGAGCAGUCAGUCUGAAACAAGGCCUAGCUCAACAGAUUCAUUCGAGUCGCAACCAGCACAUGACAAUCUGCUUCUUGGAAGGGAACAUCACGCUAUGGGCCUUUCGAUGGGCUGCAGCCAAGCUUGCUGUGCAAGGCAUGUCAUGCAACCCAGACCUCAUACCUGCAACUGCAUAGAAUGUCAUCAAGAACGUAUCUUCUUCCUCGAAGAGCAAAUACACAAGCAGUUUUUGAGAGACGAAAAACGAAGAAUGGAGUCAACGAGAACCAAAAGACCUAACAGCGAGAGCUGCAAUCGCACACCGUUCUGUUGCUGUCUCAAGUGUAGAGAAGGAACAUUUUAUGUCCAAUAUUAACGAACAUGAAAAAUGUCCACCGAGACGAUGUAUCUUAAAAUUUGAGACGAUGUAUUGAUGUAAAAUAGAAUGAAAUUCACCCUGUAAAUAUUUUAGGCAGAUUUUUAUAUAUAUACAAGAUUAACAAACUAUGUUGAAA